CGGCGGGGCUGCCCGGCCGUCCCGCGGCCCGGCCCGGCGCCAGGCAGGGCGCGGCCCGGCCCGGCGCCUCUCCCUUCCCUCCUCCUCCCUUCACUCUUCCCCGCCCGCCACCGGCACCGCCGCCACCGGGGUGGGGCCCGCGCCUGCUGCCCCCCGGCCCCCGCUGCCGGCCGCGGGCUGAGCGCGUCUCCCGGGGGCGCGGCCCCGUCCCUCCACGGCGGCGGCUCCAUGGUGCCCGCCGCCCCCCGCCGCCCCGCAGCAACAGGCAGGACGAGGAGGAAGCGGCCCCCGGGGGUCCGCACCGCCCCGCCGCCGGCCUGAGCGGCGCCGCCGCCGCAGCGGGAGCGACCGAGCGGGCGGGGGGCGCCCGCGGGCCGCCGGCGAUGGCGAACCAGCUGGUGAUCCUGAACGUCUACGACAUGUAUUGGAUGAAUGAAUAUACUUCUUCCCUUGGAAUUGGAGUGUUUCAUUCAGGUAUAGAGGUAUAUGGCCGAGAAUUUGCCUAUGGUGGUCAUCCAUACCCUUUUUCUGGAAUAUUUGAGAUUUCACCAGGAAAUGCUUCUGAGCUAGGAGAAACAUUUAAAUUUAAAGAGGCUGUGGUUCUAGGCAGUACUGACUUUAUGGAAGAUGAUAUAGAAAAAAUAGUCGAAGAGCUUGGAAAGGAGUUCAAAGGAAAUGCUUAUCACCUAAUGCACAAAAACUGCAAUCACUUUUCUUCAGCUUUAUCUGAGAUUCUCUGUGGAAAAGAGAUUCCACGAUGGGUGAAUCGCCUUGCCUACUUCAGCUCUUGUAUACCCUUCCUCCAGAGCUGCCUGCCAAAGGAGUGGCUAACUCCUGCAGCCCUCCAAUCUAGUGUUAGCCAGGAGCUACACGAUGAGCUGGAGGAAGCUGAGGAUGCAGCAGCAUCAGCUUCCUUGGCAAGCUCGGCAUCUGGGUCUAGAACUGGACGCCACACCAAAUUAUAAGUCCUCCUCCAAAGUAGCAAAUGGUUUGAAAUACUUCAGUUUGAUCUCUUCAGCAAUUGACUUCCUGACAGAACAUGAGAGCCAACUCUAGAACAUUGUUUUUAUAUGCAAAAAAAAAAGCUCUCAUCAACCCCUCUUUCAGCUCAGGAUUAUUUACAUAGUGAAAGGAAUUGCUGGGAGAAAAGGGAAGGAUUUUGUGUGAAGCCACCCUUUUCAUUUUCACCUGUUUGGUAGACUUGCGUUAACUUAACAUCUCGCAUAAAGCAGAACUUAAAUUAUUUGUUUACAGUAUUGUGUACUGCUGUUUACAAGUCCUGCAAGGACUCCUGCUACCAUGGAAGAAGAAAGAAUUUAAGUUUGAUUUCACUGUUGGUAUAAAUCAAAAGCAGUGGUAUGAUGCCCUGGAUGAACCUUCCCUUUUGUUUUUGAGAUUUAAGGCAGGAGAACAUUAAAUUGAGGAAUGCCAGAAACUGCAGAAUGCUAUCUAUGUGAACAGGGUACUGUGCACUUAAAGUGGCUGGUGUAAGCAAGUAGAUUGCAGGAUGUAGGGAGACUGGUUUGGUCUAAAAUCUGUUCCUAGAAGUAUGACCUCUACAUUAAUGAAACUGGAUUUUUGCACAUAUGAAGGGAAAUUUCUAUCUCAUUGCAAUGCACAUCAAUCAAUUUUUUUUUUCAAUUCAGCCAUGUAGUUUUCAUCCUGUCUUGUGUCUUUACUUGCAGUUUACUUCAGGAUUUAAACAUGUGAAUAUCAUUUGCUAGAAGCAUCAACAAAUGUUUCACUUCUUUGCUUUGCUUGAUUUCAAACUUGUAUAUAUGAGUUAGUACUUGUAUUUCUUUUUUGUUUGUUUCAUAUAGUUUGGAAUCGUGUAAAACAAGCCAUUUAUGGUUGGGGAAUGGCCUUUGCUUCCUGCUGCUGAUUUUGCUUCAUAUGAGUUUGUAAACAUUUGUGUCCUUCUUUUUUUGAGCUAUAAAUUACUGCCCAGUUGCGCAUAUCCGCACAAAUGAUAGAGAAAUCCUAAUUUAUUUUCCCAUAGUCUCUAUCUGUGGCAUUAACUUUCUUACCAGAUGUAAUGAAGAAAAACCUGAAAAUUGCUUAUGCACCUGCAUGUUUACACAGCAGAACCCACUAAUCUGCACACAUAAUUAUAUCUGAAAGUAAGAGAUAUUAUUUUCUAAAACACAGAAGUAUGUUUGCUGGUAGAUUAUAAUUAGAGCUAAAUUAUAAUUAGUGAUCAGAAUAUAUAAUUGAAUGCCUUAUUCUUGUUCAUUUUCCAAGAUAAUUAAUUGUUCUUCCAAUCAUUAGUGUAAAUUAGUGAGGUUCUAUUGUGCACAUAAGGCUACAGUAGCACAAACAUGAGGGAGGUGAGCUUGAGUAUUUUGUAAGACUUGCUGCCUUAAACUAACAAAAAACAUACCAUCCCUAAACCGGUCAGCUCACUAAGAAGUGUGCAUUACUAGAAAUAUGAAUUAUUCUUAUGAGCUUUAUUUAGCCAGUCUUUUGCUGGGUUUAGUUUUUCUGUUGAAUGAAAUACUGACUCUGCAGUUUCUGCUGUUUAAAAGCAAAAAAAAAGUCCUCUUGGGAGGCAAAAAGCUUCAUAUUAUGAAUGCUCCUGGCCAUGGGUAGUGGUGCCAUUGAACCCUAUGGGAAGGUGCAGUAGUUGUAUCAUAGUAAGAAUUCUUACGGUUGCCAGCUCCAACUUGUGUUAGAAACAAGUGGAAGUUUUUCUGCUGCCACCUGGGUUGAAUCCUUCAUCAGACAGACUUUAGGUUUUCACUUAUCUUUUGUGAUGCAGUGUAGUACAGAGAGAGAGAGAGAGAGAGAUAUGCUCAGUUGUAGUGAGGGGGAAAUCAAGUGAGACUCCUUCUGGAAAGAAAUAGUAGUAAAUCUCUUUCUGGAAAGAGAUAGUAGUAAAAGUCCUCCUAACUGUAUUUUGGUACGUGUUUUAAUAAUCUCUUCUGCCAAGUGGGAAACGCUUAAGACCUGGUGAGUCUGACACUAACUUCAUUCUCUGUUUGAUAUCCAGAAGCUGGGUAUACUGACCCUCCCUGUUGAGUGCUUUCCACUCUGAAUUUGAGUUCUUCUUUCCUUCUUUUCCCUGUAGUGAAAAUGAAUAUGGUGGUCUCCAGUCGACUCUCAAGCAUUACAGAACUGAAUCUCGCACUACUCACAGCUCAGAUAACAGGCUGCAGACAGGUUAUUUUGUCUCUGCUGUGCAGCUGUGGUAGUAAUGUGACUAAGUCUCUUGGCCAGGGCAGGUCCUUUAUUUCAGCUCAGGGUUGAGGCCACUGAUCUAGCAAAGUACUGUAGCUUUUCCUAUGCUUUAGGAAAAAUAAAUAGACUGAAUUUUCAUUGCUACCUUUUAUGUACCAAAAUCAGCUUUUUAGGCUUCUGAUACAUCCAGAGCGCUAGGUCACAAAUCUCUACACCUUCAUUAACACACACAAUUACAGCAUGUACAAUGCAAGAACGUGACAGAUCACAGCACAGUUUUUAUUUAGAAGUAAAACUAAGACUAUUUUUUAUAAAGCAGACUGGAAAGUUUGUAACAAAAACAUUCAUUUUAUUGGUAGCUGUGCAGGUGAAAAUGCUGUCUUAUGCUCCAUAAGGAUUUGUUUUUGUUUGUUUUGAAACCAUCCAUUUGUAAAUCCUGUGAGGAAACUGACACCUGAACCCUGAAGGCUGUUGGGUAUUGUAUCAAAGCGAGUAGUGCUGUAACUUCAAUCAUGUGCUGUCAGCUCAGCCUCUGCUGGAUGCCUGCAAGAAGUCACCCUGCCAGUGGUUACUCUGAUUUGUUAGCAAUAGAGCAAGUUACCUUUCACCAGCAUUACUGCCAAGCAGGGAUUACUUUAGUCUACUAAUGACCACACUGUGCUAGGACUAGAACACUUCAAAAUGCUGUGAGAAAGCUGGACACCUGUGGAAUCUUUUCCAUCAAAACGGGUAGAAAAAUAUCACCACUUCAGGGUUCUGCUCUGUUUACUUUCUCAUUCUUUCUUAUUUUUCUGUGAGAUAGUACUUUUGAUAUGUAUUACAUUGUUUCACUCAGUCAUUUUAUUUAAAUGCUAUUUUAUGUUCAGCAAGCCAAAAAAAUCCAAUGUACUGUCAGUGUGCACCAGUAACUUCAGAGUGGCUUGGUAAAAGAAAAAAAAACAUAGUUGCAUUACUUCUAAAAUUUGCAAUGCAAUUCUGAUCACUGUUGAUAGAUGAUAAUUUUCACUGUUGGAAGUUGGUUACAAGCUGAAUAUCCACUGAUGCAUUUUUUGUAAACUUGUAUUCAAGUUUACUACAUAGUAUUUGUAUAAAAUUCAAAGAAUUUUGACUUUUGUUACCUGUACAUGGCAACAAGUUGUCUAGCAUCUUAAACUUAAAUCCAUCAGUUUAUUAAAAAUACUUUUAUAAAAAAAA